GUAUUCCACGUGUUUAUCAUUCUUGAAAUUGCUGAAAUUGCUUAAAAUGUUUUUUCAACAAUUUUUCAACACCCUUUUGACGAAGUUACAAAACCAACCUUACAUUUCUUUUUAAAUGACGCUUACCGUCGACAUUAGCGUUAUCCAAUGUGCACCAUGUAGGGUGCGUUCCACUUAACGCUCGCAACGCUCACUCUCGCAACGUUACGAUCAUUCGUUCCAUUAGCAUGAGCAUUGCGAUAAGUGGAACGAGUUAAGAGCAUCUUUAGUAUCAUAAAAAUGGCGGAGACUACAGCUGUGAUUAGUGCCGUAUAUUAAGGAAUUAUGAUUCAACCAGUGAAAGUGAUUCUAGUUUUGAUGAAGAAUAUGAAAUAUUACAAGAAAAAACAAAACGUGUUAUACGGCCUCGUAUUGCAAACUACGCAGAAUUGGUUGUUUUGCGCUAUACGGACUACGAAUUUAAAAGUCAUCUUAGGUUAGAUAUUAUUUUUUAAAUACUUUUAAUUAUUUUUUAAAUAUAUAAAAUUUAAUAUUAAAACAAGAUUUUGAUACUUUAUAAAGAUAUUUAUUACGCAAUUUUUAGAAUAAAAUAUAAUUUGCCUCAUUUAUGAUUGUAAUCAUUGAAAAAUGUAACUAUUAUAUAUUCUGUACAAAUUUUUUUACAGAUUGCAGCGCACAACAUUUGAAUAUAUUUUAAAUAUAAUUAGUGAUGCUCUUACUCGAAAAACAAAAGGUUGUAAAACAAUUCCACCUCGUCAACAAUUUAUGAUUGCCCUAUGGAAAAUGGGUACAAUGGAUUCCUACAGAUCCAUUUGUGAUCGCUUUAACGUGGGAAGGGCUACAGCGUUGAGAGCUGUCAGAAGAGUCACACAUGCAUUAUUCAAUCUGGCUCCUCAAUAUAUUUCUUGGCCUUUGGGUGAUAAAGCUCAACUUACAAUGCGCAAAUUUGAAGAAAAUAGUGGUUUUCUAAGGACGAUUGGCGCUAUAGACGGAACACACAUUAAAAUUGAAGCACCUAAAGAAAAUUCUAUAGAUUAUAUAAAUCGAAAAGGAUACCAUUCCAUUCAACUUCAGGUGGUAUGUAAUUACAGGGCAAUGAUUACUCAUUGUUAUGUGGGUCAUCCAGGAUCAGUUCAUGACCAGAGAGUCUUUAGACAAUCGGAAGUUGCUGAAUAUUUAAAUGAUGACAGCAAAUUUCCUUUCGAUAGUCAUUUAGUUGGAGAUUCUGCGUAUGAACUGCAUCAACACCUCUUGGUUCCGUUUAAAGAUAACGGACAUUUGACCGCUGCACAAAAAAAUUUUAAUUUCCGUCAAUCGUCUGCCAAAGUUGUUGUUGAAAGGUGUUUUGCACUUUUAAAAGGCCGUAUGCGUAGUUUAUUACAUUGCUUGCCUAUGUCUCGAAUUGAUUUAAUGGCUGAAUACAUAGUAGCUUGUUGCGUUAUUCACAACAUUUGUAUAUUACGUGAAGACGAACUUCUAGUAAUACCAGUGCCAGUAGUUAUAGACGAUCGAGUGGAAGGUUUUCAUGUCAAUGAGAGACACCCAAAUGUAAACGGUGUUUAUAAAAGAAAUAUUAUUAUGAAUACUUUGCAAAGACAUCAUAUUUAUGAUAACUUAUAAAAUACUUGAAUUUAUAACUUAAAUACAUAAUAGUAAUAGUAAUAGUAUUUCUAAGUAGUUAUAAAUAAAGUCUUUAUUAUAAAUAAAGUCUCUAUUCUGAGAUGGAAUUCUAAUCUGAAAUAUUAUAAGAUGGGAUCUCAAUCUCAAUGGGGCUUAUUAGUUUAGCAGAAAUCCUGCUAUCUUAUAUCAGGGGCUCGAUUCUUGAAUUUAUUUGCAAGAGAAACGUAUUCGCAAAUUCUGUUCUUACAGAAAAGUUGAAAAUUUAUUGGCUAUUGUAUGGCUUUUAACCAAUAAACUUGCAACUUUUCUGUUAGAGGGGGUAUUUGCGCAUACGUUUUCUUGCGAAUGAAUUCAAGAAUCAAGCCCCUGGAUACUAUCUUAGAGAAUUUUCCUCUAAUUUUCCUCUAACAUUAGAUGUUACACAAAAAAACUUGAAUAUUAAAUUUAAAUUGAUUGUAUUAUACAUAGUAAAAAUAAUUUUCUUUUUAUUAUACAUAGUAAGAACAAUAUAUUACAUUCAUAUAUUUGUGUAACUUACCAUCUAAUUUUAUUAUCUCACGCGUUCCCGUUUAAGCACAUACAGCCUUUUCUUUCUUUAAUGGGAGUUAGAGGACAUUGAUACAGCCACCAUAUCUCCGCAUGGAAAAUAUCUAAGAAUUUAUGGAAAAUAUCUAUGUCUCGAAUCGAUCUAAGCUGAGAGUUUUUUUAAUACUAUAUUAAUCCUCUGUAAUUCAUUUAUCUAUGCAUAAAUGAAUUAUAUUGUUGCGUGCCGCGUGUCGCCCGAUACAUCCCUGAAGCGCCAGUCAGCUGACGGACCGAUCGAUAUUUUCGAUCGGCCGGUUGCCGGAAGAAUUUGUUAUUUAAAUAAAUGAAUUAAACGGCUGGUUGCCGGGAAAUAUUUUGUAAACAAAUAUUGUAGACAGUUUAACGUCGGACUCCUGCCGAGGAGGACGUGUCACGCGCUUUCUCUGUUGCAAUAAAGCUUUUUGAGUUCCAUA